AAAAUCAGUGAGACGUAGACACAAACACACGCACGCACACACGCACAGGGUUUAUGACUGGAGUACACUGACACCUCUGGUGAGGAAAGCAAGUAAGAAAGAGAAGCAAGGGAAAAGUUAAAGCUCCACGAUGCCUCGCUCAUUUUUGGUGAAAAGCAAAAAAUCCUCCUCUUAUCAUGCGCACCGCUUCGUGGACGCGGAUCUAAGUCACAAAGAUGCCGACGCAGUCACGGUGCCUGCUCCAUCAGAACCAAUGGAGCAAGACUCACCCAAGAAGAUGCCAUUGGAGUCUGUGACAGAAUCUGUUCACACAGAACCCUAUUCUUAUGUGAAGCAUGAAAACAAACCAGAGUGUCCCAUCCCAUUACGCCCUGAGCAGUCCGCCACAGCUGGCCAGCCUUAUUACAUUUCUGAGCCUCAGAUGGCAGAAUUCCCUCCCUUCUAUAAGCCAUCCUAUGCCUGGGAAACCCUGUCUUCUCCAUUUGACUUCAGGCAGCUAGGCUUCCGUUCGUCCAUCCUACAGCAUGCAUCCAACCUAUACGGGUCUGAAUUUAAGCAAAGCCAGGAAGAUCAGCAGCCACUGGAUUGCAGCACACACUAUUCACCUACCUCUGAUACCUAUCACUGCAUCACCUGUGAUAAGGACUUCUCAACUCCUCAUGGUCUGGAGGUCCACGUGAGACGUUCUCACAGUGGAACACGACCUUUUGGUUGCAGCAUCUGUAGAAAAACCUUCGGUCAUGCCAUCAGCUUAGAGCAACACAUGAACAUUCACUCUCAGGAAAGAAGCUUCGAGUGCAAAAUGUGCGGGAAGACGUUUAAGCGUUCCUCAACCCUGUCCACACACUUGCUGAUCCACUCAGACACUCGGCCCUACCCCUGCCAGUACUGUGGCAAGAGGUUCCAUCAGAAAUCCGACAUGAAGAAACACACCUACAUCCACACAGGUGAGAAACCACACAAGUGUCAGGUUUGUGGCAAGGCGUUCAGCCAAAGCUCCAAUCUCAUCACACACAGUCGCAAACACACCGGCUUCAAACCUUUCGGCUGCGAAAUCUGUUCGAAGGGCUUCCAGAGGAAAGUGGACCUCCGCAGACACCACGAGAGCCAGCAUGGCCUGAAGUGACCCCAUUAUGAAGGUGGACAAUUGCUGGCAUGAAGGCCAGGACUGCAAGAAAUUCAGUCUGAAGGGAACAACAGAGAUAUGAGUCACUAAUUACAUCUUCACAGACUGCAAGUACAAAAUGUUAAUGAACCACCUCUCCAAUAUCAAUAUCAACUGAAGUAAUUAUUUGCUUGCCAUGUUGCUUUUUUCAACACUUAAGUAAGGCCAUUGGUUAAAGUCCCCCACCCCUAACUUGAAAAGAUAAUGCAAAGCAAUGUAUUUUAUUAUACAAGGUCCUCUACCUGGGGCCCUUGUAAGCAUUUUAAAUGUGGUUUGAAUAAUUUCCAUUAAUAUAAUAUACUCUGAUAAGAGCACAACCUUUGAUAUUUUAUAUAAAUAAUAUUUAAGUGAGUUGUAAAUGUAUCCAAACGGGUAAUAUUUAUAAAAUGUCAUGUUCACGCAUUGUGUUGAAAAUGACGUAAGUAUGUGAAUAAAGUUUGCUUUAAUCUUUUUUAAAUCAAA